AUGCUUCAAAGCAUUAUUAAAAAUGUGUGGGUCCCCAUGAAACCUUACUAUACUGAAGUUUACCAGGAGAUCUGGAUCGGAAUGGGGUUGAUGAGCGUCAUUGUUUAUAAAAUCAGGAGUGCUGAUAAAAGAAGUAAAGCUUUGAAAGCUCCUGCACCUGCUCAUGGUCAUCACUAACCAGCCUCACUUGGAGCACACAAGAGAUGGGCCUGUAGAGCUAAGCAAAGCUGUGUCACAUGGACUGUCCCUGUG